GUCGGUACUACCAACAAUAAAAAUCUAAUUAUUAAGACUUGAAAAAACCACUGAAAACUAUGACGAAACACUACCCUUCACCGUUUACACCAAGAGACUCGACAGAAAUGUGCAUGCAAACCAAAAAACCACUUUCGGCCUGCCAUACAGAAAACUUCGUGUUUCUAAGGUUUCUCAUGCAUCUCUUUGGAUACACUGUUGAUGGGCCACCAAAGUCGAAUGAUAAACAUUCACUAAUUGAAUCAUCCGCUACGACAGACAUACGCAACGAGUUGCAUUUCUUGGAUGGUUAUCAAAAUCUGUUCAAUGAAAUGUUCAUGUCCGUGUUCCAAAAAAAGAGGCGAAAAAGAGCCACGAAUGAUCAAUACGAUUUCAUAAUUGUCGGUGCUGGAUCAGCGGGCUGCGUCGUCGCCAACAGGUUGUCGGAGAUAAAAGACUGGAAGAUAUUACUCCUCGAAGCCGGAAUUGAAGAACCAGAAUUUUCUUCUGUACCAGGGCUUGCAUCGUUACAAUUGGGAAGUAAAAUCGAUUGGAACUAUACAACACAGCCUGAUGUACACAUGUGCAAGUCUAGACCAGGAGGUAUGUGUGAUUGGGCUAGAGGUAAAGUAAUGGGUGGGUCAAGCACGAUCAAUUAUAUGAUUUAUACCCGAGGAAAUAUGGAAGAUUAUAAUGAAUGGGAACGUAUGGGAAAUACUGGAUGGGGAUAUGAUGAUAUUCUAUACUAUUUUAAAAAAUCCGAGGAUAAUGAAGAUCCAGAAAUUUAUAAAAAAAAUAAAAAGUAUCAUGGUAAAGGUGGAUAUCUUACGGUGGAAUGGUUUCCAUAUGUGGAUCAUACAGCAGUAGCUUUAAUUAAGGCGUGGAAAGAGAAAGGUUUGCCUUAUGUAGACGUAAAUGCUGAAAAUCAAAUAGGUGUAACUCAUUUACAAUCAACAGCUAGGCACGGCGAACGAAUGAGCACCAAUAAAGCGUUCAUAAGACCAAUUAGAAAAAAACGAAAAAACCUAACUGUUCUCACAGACGCACACGUCACUAGGGUGUUGAUUGAAAAUAAACGCGCUGUCGGGGUAGAAUUUUUGUAUAAGAAUCAACUUAGAACAGUAUUCGCAAGAAAAGAAGUGAUUCUGAGUGCCGGUAGUCUAAAUUCACCAAAAAUACUGAUGCUUUCCGGCAUCGGGCCAAAAAAACACUUGGAGAUGAUGAAUAUUAAAGUGGUGAAAAAUUUAGCUGUCGGAAGGAAUCUACAGGAUCACGUCACGUCUGACGGUAUUGUAAUACGUGUAAAAAAAACCGCUACCGAUAAACCACUCAAAGAGAAAAAGGAAGACGCUAUUUUGUACAAAAAGAAAAGAAAAGGUCCUCUGGCAGCCACUGGCCCAUUACAAUGUGGCGUAUUUCUUCAGACCAAAUAUGAAGAUUCACAUGAUCUCCCAGACAUAAAUUAUGCAUUUGAUAAUGGCAACGCGAAAGAUUGGAUUCUCGACCCUGCAAAUGCAACGAAAUUUGCCAUGUCUCCUAUUUCUUAUUAUGAAGCGAUUAAUGUAAGACCAAUUUUGUUGAAGCCAAAAAGUAGAGGAUAUAUAUUACUUAACCAAACUGAUCCGGUUUGGGGUCAACCACUGAUUUAUCCACGAUUCUUUACUAAAGGAAACGAUCUUCAAGUACUUGUUGAAGGUAUGAAAAUCGGAGCAAAUCUGGUGAACACGGAAGCAAUGCGUAAAAUAGGUGCCAUGCUAGUCGACGUACCGGCAAAGGCUUGCAAGGAAUAUAAGUUUGGCACGGACGAGUAUUGGGCGUGUAUAGCCAUGGAGUACACGGCCACUAUAUACCAUCCGGUGGGCACGUGCAAGAUGGGACCGGAAUAUGACGAGGAAGCCGUCGUCGAUCCGGAACUGCGAGUGUACGGGGUUGCAGGUCUAAGGGUGGUAGACGCUUCUAUCAUGCCCACUAUCGUUCGGGGAAACACGAACGCACCAACCAUAAUGAUUGCGGAAAAAGCGUCAGAUAUGAUUAAAGAUCAAUGGCAUCAACUUCACGAAAAUGAAAAUGUAAUCAACGAUCAUGAAGAUGCGUAGUAUGUUUUUAUUAUAUAUUAUAUGGCAUUUUUUUC